GAAAGGCGAUCAGAUGAACGAACCCAACCCCUCGUCUCGCUCGCUCCGGUGACGCUCACCGCCGCCCAGAAUGGCUCGAGCCGUCCUCCGAAUAAGCCGCUACCUGCCUCGCCCUUCCUCCUCCCCGCGCCUCCCGCUGCGUCUCGUGCCGCAGCCGCUGCUUCCCCGCCACGCGCCCUCCCCGCUCCGCUUCCCCUCCUUCCCCCUCUUUUCUUCCGUAUCCACUACUAGUUCACAUGGCCGCAGCGACGGCGGGGGCGGCCGCAAGGGGGAAGAGGAGGUGGAGGGCGGCGGCUACGAGGACUACCUGGGGAUGAGCGACGACGAGCUGAUGGAGCAGUGCGACAUGGGCACGUUCAAGGCGUCCGGCCCCGGCGGCCAGCACCGGAACAAGCGCGAGUCCGCCGUCCGGCUCCGCCAUCUCCCCACGGGCAUCGUCGCGCAGGCUGUGGAGGAUCGGUCACAACAUAAGAAUCGGGCAUCUGCUUUGGCUCGGCUUCGGACCCUGAUUGCUCUCAAAGUUAGGAGGCCUAUAAACCUUGAGGACUACACUCCACCAGUUGAGCUUCUUCAGAUAUUGCCCCUAAAGUCAACCAUUCGAGGAAAAGAUGUUGGCUCCCAAAUUGGUCCAAACAACUCAAAAUUUUCUCCAGGAAUGCAAGCUUUAUUAGAUCUUCUAUUUGCCGUUGAAGGUUCUGUGUCAGAGGCAGCAAAAAUUUUAGGCCUAAGUACCGGUGCUUUGUCAAGAUUGAUUCUAUCAGAUGAUUCUCUGCGAACGGCUGCAAAUGAACUACGAGCUUCCAAGGGACUGAAGCCUCUAAGAUGAUAGCCUUCGUAAAAUUCUCACCUUCAAAUGCAUCAUAGCCCAUAGGUCCCAAGUUGCUCAGAAGUUAGAAGUCGAUACCUUCAGGGCUUACAUGAAUUUUCCGUCCAAGGAACGUCAUAUAUCAGGGAGUUAGGAUUUGCCUUAAACAGGGUCAACAGCCAGAUAACAUGUCUUCGGAACUCACAUGGACCUCAAUGUUCUCCAACACCAUGGUACCAUCUUUCAGAGGAAUCUACCUGUUAACACCUAACUCUUACAUGCUAGCCAAACACUGAGGCGGCUGUGCUGGUUGGAUUGGCUGUAGUUGCCCCAUGGACAUACAAUUGUAAUUUCGUUUCUUGUCGUUGUUUGAUGACGCUUCGAACAAAUUGGAGCUAUUCAAUUUAAAUACAUAAAGCACUUUUGUCUAAAGUGCAUUUUGUUCA